UAAGUAAAAUCACAUGAUCUGUAUUUUGUCAGAUGACAUUGAUGAGCGCGACAAGCAACCCGAGGCAUGCAACUCACCGUGGACUUCACAUCGCUAAGAGAAAGAGAACUCAAACUGUCAGGGAUGAAAUUCUAUAAAAAAUUAUUGUGACUGACGAUAAUAUCUGGAGUAUGGAAUGUUGGGGAGUUUUGACUGCGAUAGCUGCCGCUUGUCUGCUAGGUGUGGUGGUGAGCCAGACUACGGCUCCGAAGCUCGCUCCUACUGUGAUGAACACCACAUUCAUUGAGAAUGUGACGGAAACAACCACAUUCAGUGAGACCCCUACAUUCAGUGAGACCCCUACAUUCAGUGAGACCCCUACAUUCAGUGAGACCCCUACAUUCAGUGAGACCCCUACAUUCAGUGAGAAAGUGACAGCGACCACCCAUAUGAUCCUCAGCACCACAUCCCCAGGCUGCUCUGCCCUCUGUGAGGCCUGUGUCCCAGGGUCCUACUCCGACAAUGACUCCAUGCUGUGUUCCUGCUGCCAUGAGCCAGGGUUGUGUCUGUUCACUGGGGCUUGCCUCCCAUGUUCCAGAGGGUUCUUUCAGCGUCUGGCUGGACAACAGCGAUGUCUGCCCUGCAGCCAGGGUUUUUACACCAAUUUCACCGGUAGCCCUGUGUGUCAGUCCUGCCCCCCAGGCUCCUACAGCAACAACACAGGCUCCGACUCCUGCCGAAGCUGUUCUCCCGGUUUCUAUACGUCACAACAAAAUGCCACAUCGUGCAGUCCAUGUCAACGGGGAACAUUCUGCAGCUCCUCCAGUUGUGCUCUGUGUCAGAUCUGUCCUGCUGGUACAGAGUCCCUGCAGGCUGCUGCCAAGGAGUGCACACCUUGUCGUCCCGGCCUGCACAAGGCUCCCCGUCAGAGUAUGUGUCAAAUCUGCAGCAGCGGCUUCUUCCAGAUCCACUGGGGCCAGGAGACCUGUAACCUCUGCCCCGAAAACCACUACUGCCCAAGUCCAGACGUGAAUCCCAUCCUGUGCCCUGGCGUUGCCUUCUGUCCUGAGGGCAGCACUGCUCCAGGUUACUGCAUGGAGACCUUCUUCCGCAAGGCAGGGGAGGACUGCGAGCUGGCCCCCAUCACCAUUGCUCUACUUGUCAUUGGAGGAGGGGUGGCCCUACUCUUUGUCAUCCUGCUGGUGUUGCGUCGAAUGCGAGACACAGAUGGAGAGCUUUCCCUCGCACGACAAUUUCUGUUAACCAAAGAGAGGCCGCAAGGUCAAUACUACGGGAUCCCAUGUGAUGCCGAGCCAGUAUAUGCUGGUUGGUGAACAUGUCCCCAGCCUCAUCUGAUACUUCCUAUUAUUGGGGUAAUAUGUCUGGCUUUUAGAGCAGAAUCAAGUGAAGUCUAUGUGCCUCAGCUGUGGACUAAUGGACCAUAAGAGAAAGCAGACACCAAAUCCUAGCUAUUGUUUACUGAAUGUCCAUUUGAGUACUUUUGUUAACUCACCAGCUUUCCUGCGAUAUAUCUUCUAGAUUUAUUUUUAACAAGCAGAAGUGUUUUUCAUCUGUAUUCUGUGCUUUAGUGAUGGCGGACCCGUUACAUUUGUUCAAAAUAAGAAAGAAUGUAAUCAAUUGAAUUGUCCUUUGCAUUCAUUUUGGUUAAUUUGGCAAAUGGUUUAAAGAUGCACACACUGGAUGGUUUAGGAGGGUUGAAAAGGGAGCUUGCGGGCUUCUUUAUAAGGACUUGGUGGAGACCUUGUGUUAUGAAAAUCACUUAUGUUGAUGUUUGUAAAUGCAUUCAUUCAUGGUACAUCGAUGGGUGUUUUAAGUUAUGCUUUGAAGAUUGUUUUCAGUAAAUGUUCCCCUCUUGUCACAGAAAUAAUCUAUUUGCUGGUUAUACAGAUUAAUAAUAUUGGUGAUCUAAGGUACUAUGUGUUAUAUUUUUAAUUUUAUGUUUGAAAGGCAUCACAUCUAUGUUUAUCAAUAGCAACGUUUUUGACCUAUGUUAUUUAAAAUAAAAUGAUAUUUGUAUGUUUUAAAGAAAAACACUGACUAACUGGAAUAAAGCAUAGCCAUGAACUACU